AUGGAAUCAUACAACAUGGGAUCUUUUGUGACUGCAAAGAAAAAUGAUUUGAGGCGAUUUAAAUUCCUCUUAAGGAAGAAAAGAUGGUUUUCUGUCUCUUAUAAAGAGAUUUCUGAUAGGGAAAGGAACAGACCCUUUUGGUACUGGGCAGCUGAUGAGAAGCAGCACAGCAGAGUGACAAAGAGGGGUGGUCCUCACUUCACAGCUUUACUGGCGUCCAGCACUACGUGUCAAGGUGUCAAGAUGAUAAUUCAGAUGACGGCGUUAAGAGAAGGAUCUGCUCAUGUGGCCCCGUCGAUAGAUGCAGCUUACUCUCUGUCACAUUCAUAA